GUUUCCAGCCGAGCCGGGCCGGGCGGCGGCAGCGGCGGCGCAUCCCGAGGGCGGGAUGGCGAAAGUGGUGGCGGCCCUCAGGAACCACUGGAAGAAAUCCACGGUCGGCGCCUGCCUGCUGGGCUGGGGCGGGCACUGGCUCUAUGGGAGGCACUGCGAUAACCUGCUACGAAGAGCUGCAUGCCAAGAAGCCCAGGCUUUUGGCAACGAGCUGAUCCCUCCCACUAUGCCAUUGAAGAAAGCAACAGUGUUCCUCAACCCAGCAGCUUGCAAAGGCAAAGCCAGGAACCUUUUUGAAAAGAACGCGGCACCAAUUUUGCACUUAUCUGGCUUGGAUGUAACUGUGGUUAAGACUGAUUAUGAGGGACAAGCAAAAAAGCUGCUGGAAUUAAUGGAAAACACGGAUCUGAUCAUUAUUGCAGGAGGAGAUGGCACAGUACAAGAGGUCAUAACUGGACUUCUCCGCAGGGCAGAUGAGGCUGCCUUCAGUAAGAUUCCUAUAGGAUUCAUACCUCUUGGAAAAACCUGCACUCUGAGCCACACGCUGUACCCUGAGAGCACAAACCAAGUCCAACAUAUUACUAAUGCUACACUGGCCAUUUUGAAGGGAGAGACAGUUCCACUUGAUGUCUUACAGAUCAAGGGAGAAAAGGAACAGCCUGUAUUUGCAGUCUCUAGUUUGAGAUGGGGAUCUUACAGAGAUGCAGGAGUUAAAGCUAGCAAGUACUGGUACCUUGGGCCUCUGAAAACCAAAGCAGCUCACUUUUUCAGUACAAUUAAGGAGUGGCCUCAGAAACAUCAAGCUGCUCUCAUGUAUGUGGGUCCAACUGAGAGACCUCCAGAAGAGCCAGAGGAGAAACUGUCGAGACCUCCUUUGUAUGUGAGGCUUUACAGACGGCUUCGCUCAUACUGGUCACCUCCAAAAGAAUUUCCCCGGGAGCUAACCCCUGAGGACUGGGAAGAACUGAAGCUCUCCACCAUUGAGCUUUCCAUUGCAACUCGGAACAGGCAGCUUGAUCUAACACGCACUGAGGACUUCAUGGACAUUUGCAUUGAAGCAGAUACUGUCAGCAAAGGAGAGUUUGUUCACAGAGGAAGUCAAAAGAUGCGUGACCCACACACGUGUCCUGAAGGGAGUCAGUGCAUCCAAGCCAGCAGAUGCAUCUUGCAACUUCCAGAGGGCACUGAGGGAUCCUUUGGCAUUGAUAACGAGGAGUAUGAAGCUAUGCCUGUGGAGGUGAAGCUAUUACCCCGGAAACUCCGCUUCUUCUGUGAUCCCAGAAUGAGAGAGCAGAUGCUCCAUGCAGCAAUACAAUGAGAAUUCAUGUCAAAGGGGCCAGUGUUUACUAGUCUUACCAGGGUCUCUUCAAAGUGCAUGAGACCUCACUAACUUGAUUAACCCCAGCAGACUAAUAAGCCUUUUGGCUAUUUUUACGCACAAGGUACUUCCAUUGGAAGUGGAUGAUUUGACCGGUCUCAAAGGGGUUAAAAAUGCAAAUGAAAAUUCUGAGAAAUGCAUGUUAACUUGAUGGCAUCUUUUUUUCCCCCCCUCCCUCCGAGAAGUCAUCAGUGUUCCAUUUACAGCACUGCAGGCUGAGUGCUGUGUGCCAGAUGCUACUGCUGUAAUGCCAUUGUAUAUGAAAGUAAAACGAAAGCACACUUGUUCUGUGUGUUCUAAGAGUUUAGGUCUACUUUACCCAUGUAUAAAUCUGGAAAAAAAUUAUUUUGGGGGGAGUGAUGCUAAGGAAUUCUAUGAAGUGUUGGAAUUGCCACAUUAAACAGGUGGUUUGUUAUCUGCUCCAUCACAAAAUAAACUGGAGAUGGGUGAUACCAAGCUUUUGAGCAAGUUUCAAAACUCCCGAUGUGUAUCUGGAUAAGAUAUUUAUGUCAGUCUUUUUCAUCUUGCCAGAUUCAACAGCACAGAGUUCCAGUAAUAAUAUAGUAGAAAUAUAUUCAUUUGAUCAAGUUUAGGCAUAUUACACAGAAGCAAAUUGGAAAACAUCAUUGACCCAAAGCUGUAUGAGGUACGUGUGGAAAGACUCUUUUAACAAGCUGAACGAGUCUUUUUUUGUAAGUAUUCCUUUUAUUCCUGUAGUAAUAUAACACAAGUAAGGGCAUCCAAAUAAUUUUUAUUAUUCGUCGUGUCUGGUUGCUCUCCUCUAAUGUAAACAGUGCUCACCACUCCUUAUGCAAUCUAUAUCCCCUUGAGCCUCAGUACCUUAAUUAGUUUUGUUGCUUUUCUGAGCUUUUGUUUAUAGCUUUGCUUUAAUUGCUGAAAGGAAAUAUUAUUGACUUAGGCAAGGUUAUGUGUUGCCCUUCUUAUUGUAGCUUAUAAACUCACAUGAUUCUGCCUUGCUUACUGGAAGAAAAAUCAUCUUUAUUUUUCUGAUGUGAUUGUUGCUUGUCUGUAGUCCCUGUGUUACACUGUGAUGUAGUCUAAGUUCAUCUGUUGACUCCUUGCUGUAAUCAAAAUACGAACAUUAGUGAAUUGA